CGGACUUCAGAAAGUUGGAAGCCUAAUUUACCUAAAAAACAAAAAUCAAUCUCAUCUUUUCUAAUUCAAAACUUCAAAAUCAAGAUCAAAUUUCAAUCUUUUUCUUCAAAAUUUCCGUAAACCAAUGUUGUUGAUAUUCUUUUCUUAAAAAAAACCACCAUUUUUAAUCUCUCUAAUCUCAAAACUCAACUUCUGUUUAAUGAUAAUCACUGCCAAACCUCUUCUUGUUUAUUAGCUUCGAGUAAGCUCAAGCUCUACAUUUUUCUGCUUCUUCCGGGUUUUAGAUUUACAGGUUUUUCUUUUUUUCUGAAUUUUUUUUCACUUCAAGCUUUGGUUUAAGUUAAUUGAGCUAAAAUUCAAAUGGGUUUUCUCUAAAAGCCUCAAUAAUAUAUAGAAAAUUGAAAAAAAAAAAAAAAGUUUAUCUAUGGAAGCAGCAGCAAGAGAACCAGUAACUUCAGCCAGAACGGGUGGAGUAACAGUUGUUGGAUCAGAUGCUCCUUCGGACUACCAUAUCGCUCCAAGAUCCGAAAAUCCGACUACGAACCCGAACCCGGAACCCGCCUCUAAUUCUGCUCCUCCGCUGCAACCUGCAUCGGCGGCGACGUUCCCAGGUAAGAAAAAGCGUGGUAGGCCCAGAAAGUAUGGACCCGAUAGUACGAUCACCAUGGCUCUCUCACCCAAGCCCAUAUCUUCAGCGGCGCCGUCGCCUCCGGUAAUCGACUUCUCCGUCUCGGCUGUGAAGCAAAGGAAAAUGAAACCGGCUAGCUCGGCCAGCAAGUCAAAGUAUGAGCCGGAAAAUUUAGGUGAAUGGGUUGCAUGCUCUGUCGGUGCUAAUUUUACACCACAUAUCAUUACAGUUAAUACCGGUGAGGAUGUUACAAUGAAGAUCAUAUCUUUUUCUCAACAAGGUCCUCGGGCCAUUUGUAUUCUCUCUGCAAAUGGUGUGAUCUCAAAUGUUACACUGCGUCAGCCUGAUUCUUCUGGGGGUACAUUAACAUACGAGGGUCGAUUUGAGAUACUGUCAUUAUCUGGUUCAUUCAUGCCGAGUGAGAGUGGGGGAACAAGAAGCAGAUCUGGUGGGAUGAGUGUUUCAUUAGCAGGCCCUGAUGGACGUGUCGUAGGUGGUGGAGUUGCUGGUCUUCUAGUGGCUGCAAGUCCUGUGCAGGUUGUAGUAGGCAGUUUUUUGGCUGGGAAGCAGCAUGAGCAAAAGCCUAAUAGACAAAAACAUGAGCCCAUAUCAAUUGCUCCUCCAACUGCUGCUGUCCCUAUCUCUAGUGCCGAUCCAAAAGGAAUGGUGAUCUGCCAGGCCUCAACCGGUGCCCUAUACUCAAAGGCCUACAGUUGAUUUGUUUAUAUUGUUUAUGAAAACACUAGGCUAACUAAAUGACUAAUUUCCCACCGGAACUUUAAUGAAAUAAUUGUCCAGUCCUUUAAAUUUUAAAAAACCCAUUUCUUUGUCCACUUUUGUAUAAACUUUAAAACAAAAUAUUAAAUACAAAGUAGAGAGAUGAUACAUGUAAUAUACAAUUGACCCUUAUAUAGGCACAAACCUAAGAAAUAUCUAGCUAUAAAAUUACAUAAUUGACCCUAAGAAAAGUCUAGACAGGAGAUGUACAAGAUAAAUAUUGCUGAGUCUUAGAAUUCUCUAGAUAUAUUCUAAACAUCUCUAGAUUUCCUCAUAAAAUUUGUUAGCUUAGUUUAGAAUUUGCACUGUCACUUGGACUAGGCACUAGACUGUGCUGUGAUGUGUUUGGGGGGUUGCACUAGGCAACGCACUACUGCGCUGGCAACUAACGGCUAGUGACAUUCUACCCUCGCCUAUUAUGUGAUGCCCUCAUAAAGCUCCGAUAACCGUCUUCCCAAGCUUCCUCGGGUCCGCCCACUUCUUCCUAUUCUCGACUCCCCUGACCAAGUAAAUAUUUUCCCUGAAUGUCCUAUAGCAGUGCUCCCCUGAGUAUCCCAUCCCUCAUGAUUCGUACACCUAACACGCUCCUCGUACCUCGUUGUCAUGGAGACCUCUAUCACCUCUACGUCGUUUGUGUGCUCUGCGUCAUUUUCCCUUGGAUGGCAACAAUGCUCCCCGUGGUGCCUUUGGAAGGUUGGGUGUACCACUCAUCCAACACAUCCCUUGAUGCCUCCUCAAUCUCCUGAGCUCAAGAGGCACAAACUAGAGUGGUGUUACACCAUGUGACUUGGUUCUCAAUUUUGGCUCAGUGCGGUGAUACUAGAAUUGUAUGUUAAGGUCAGUUAUAGUAGUAGUACCUUGGAAUGCUAAGCGGAUGUUAUCCUAUAGAUAAAAGGUUCUCUGUAUGUUUGUAAGAAUUAUCCACGUUUGAUGGUGUGGGUUAUCUCACUUGUUGUAACUAGACAACGAACAUAUUUGAGAUGCUAAUUGAUGAGAGCAACUAGCUCGACGGGAUGCAUAUUCUAUUA